AUGUCUGCUCAAUUAAAGCUAUCUGGAGAAGACAUUCAGAAGCUUACUACCUGUUGGUCAAGCUUGCAAGCUAAUAACAAAUAUCAUAAGGAUGACUUUAUUACUAGGUUAUUUUCAAAUUUGGUUGCUGCUAACCCUAAGUUGAGAAAGGUAUUUCAUUCGGAAUCUGUUAUUGCUGAACAGUCCACCUUAUUUGGUGACUUGUUGAGUUUCACAAUGCUCUACUUGGAUGAUGAAUACACUUUGAGCCAGUGCAUGAAUGCAUUCUUGAAAGAAAAUCCAAAAUUUGUCAAGGUGGGUUCUCAAUACCUCGAGCCAAUGGGUUCGGCCUUGAUCGUUACUUUCCGUCAAUGGUUGGGACAAGGAAAAUUCAAUGAACAAAUACAAUCCUUGUGGGUGCAAGUCUAUUUGUAUAUUGCAAACUGCCUAUUACAGUUUGAAGAAAAUUUAAGUGAAAGUCGUUCUCUCGAAGAACCUCCAAUCGAGGCAUUAAGACCAAGAAGACGUCCUCCAGUGGAACAAAUAACAAAGGAAGAAGUUCAACAGGAACAACAACCUGAAAUACAACAGGCUCAGCCACAAAGAAAUUACGAAGAAGACAAUAAUAUGCAGAAGGAAGUACAACAGGAGAUUCCUGAACCAGAAGUUAUUCAAGAUAAAUCAAUAAAACCACUUAAUACCAGCACUAUUCUGUUCCAACUCUCAAACAAUGAAAAAUACAGAGGGUUUAGAAGAAGUGUGCAAUCUUCAGAAACUGAACCAAUAUCAAUUCAGAUUCCAAGUACUCCUACAUUCCAACAAGUCACACCACCACUCAGCCCACCAUCUGUUCCUUUUGAUCCAAGAAAAAUGAGAAGCUUGCCUCGCUCACCAGCAUCUUUGAAUGAGCAAGAACUGAUUUCAUCCAAAGACAACUCCUCUUUUGAUCCUCGUAGAUCGAGAAGAAGAUCUCCAUCUGCUGAGCCCGAACAAGAAGAACCAAUGGUUGCUCCUCGUUCUUCAAGAAGAACAUCUAUGAAGGAGCUCAUUCAAGAAGCAGAACCAGUACAGGAAGCCGAACCAGUUCAACAAGCACAAGCACAAACUCAAUCAUAUAAGGCUGAUCCUCGCAAAAUGGCUUUUACAAAGCCAUCAAAUGUUAUCUCUGAUGAUUCGGAUGAUGAGUUUGCUGAAAAGGAAAAGACCUUUGGGUUUGACCCUCGUAGGCUUUCUAAGAGAAAGUCUCAAUCACCAAUUAUCUCAGAUGAGGAAUCUGAAUUUGAGCCUACAUCUCCAUUAUUUAACAGUCAUUCGAGAGAAACUUCUGUGAGUGAUGUUGAAGAUGAUUCUUACAACUUUGAGGUGAAAGAAACUUCAGCUGAAAGAACAAAUAAACCUUCUGCAUUUGACUACAAUAGUUUUGGUAUCAAAGGAUUGGAACCAAUCGUUGAGUCUGAAUUUGAUGAAACAGCCUCUUCGAAAUAUGAAAGUGAUGAAGAUAUCGAUAAUGAUAAUGCAUCAUCUCAAUAUGGUGCUCGUUCAUCAUCGGAUGCAGAUGAAAUAAGUUCAGGGGUGUCAACAUUGUCUUUACAUAAUAGUGACUACAGAUCAUCUAUUAAUUCUGGAAGUGAUGCUACUUCAGUAUCACCAUCACCAGAACUUAACAAAUUCCAAAUGGGUCAUGGUACUAGACAGGCUUCAACAUCAAGCGAUGUCAGUUCUAUGAAACCACUCUCAGAUCAAAUUGCAGAACCUGUACAUACUAUGGCAAGACCUCAAUCAUCAUGUACAUCAUUAUCUUCAACAUACCAAAUGUCGAGAACUAGCAGCCAACAACAAUUCAAACAAAGAGCCUCGCUUGGAUUUAUGAGAAGUAGUUUCGUCUUGAAGAAGGAAAUCGCUCAACAAGGCUUCAACGAACCAGAAAACGUUCUUCUCAAACCUCCUACUAUCCCAGCAGCCACCAACAACUCUUCAUACAACUCAGCAAAGACUAGCACUACCUCCCUUCAGAGUACUCUCAGUUCUGGAACCGGUUCUGAUGGAUGUUAUGACUUGUUGAAUUCAUUUGUGCCUGUGACAAAUCUUUCUAACGACAAACAAGCCACUAAAACUAUGGCUUCUUCAGUGAAGACAACACCAAGACAUACCAGAUCAAACUCAGACUUACAAAGCACAAGGUCAUUUGCAUCAACAGAAUCGAAGAGAAAGUCUUUGAGAUCUAGAUUGUCGUCUAUUUUCUCGUCUUCUUCAUCUACCACUACUACCAGAAAAUCUUCAUUAGCAUGCGAUCUGACUUCGGAUUUAGCUUCUAUCUGCACCACUGAGACAAACAGAUCUAAUAUUUCGGGCUUUUCAUUCUUCAAGAAGAGAAACUCAAUCGAUUCCAGAUAUAGUUCUUCUCAAAAGAAUGGCAUGAAGUACAAUGUUAAAGCUGUUCCUUACGACGUUUUUGCAAAAUAA